CAAAAUCAGCUGACGACUUUCGGAGCGUCACAUUUCAUUUAUAAAUAAAGGGACUGGAAAAUCGGACCGUGGGGCGUAGAAUCGUCACGAUCGGUUAAAUUUUUGUGCGGAAAUGGUAGAUAUAAAGAGCAAUGUCAGUUUCUCCUGUCAAAGGUGUCUCCAGCCCCUCAGACUCGACGCCAGUUUUGGUCAUCUUGGAGAACAUACACUAGCUGAAUUAUCACUACCAAUUCAACAGCAGGUUGUCGGGGAGAUUGAGCCCCAGAGUGGAAGUCUUGAGCACUUGGUUCCUCCAUUCAGACUAACCGAGUCAGCAAAUGGCACUAAUGGUUUUAUGCUCGUUGGGGAUUCGGGGGAGACUGAGAGUCUCAGCCAUCACCUGAGGGUGAGAGCUACACUAUUCGAUAUUCUCAGCAGUAGCAGUGCAGCAGAUCAUCCAUUGUGUGACGAGUGUACGGACAGUCUGCUGAUGCUGACGGACCAGCAGCUGCGAAUGACUGAGAGCGAGUGGUCGGAUUAUAACGAAUACCUGAAGAAAUUGGAGGUGGAGCAGCAGCAGCAGCAAGGAAAUGAAUUGAUGGAGAUGGAGAAUCUUACGAAGGAGUUGGCUGAUGUCAAGGCUGAAGAGGAGAGGAUGAUCCAGGAGCUGGAGGCCUUGAGGAAGGAGGAGACUGCCACGAGGAAUGCCAUUGCAGAGCAGGAGCUGGAGAGGGAGAGAUUGCAGAGUGAGGAGAAGAGAUACUGGAGAGAGUACUCGAGGCACAGGAGAGAUCUCAUCCUGGCUGAGGACGAAUGUCGAAGUUUGGAAUGCCAAUUAGCCUACGCCUCAUCUCAACUUGAAAGACUGAAAAAAACAAAUGUAUUCAACGCAACAUUUCACAUAUGGCACUCUGGACACUUUGGGACGAUAAAUUCGUUCAGACUGGGACGUCUCCCCACUGCACCUGUCGAUUGGAGUGAGAUAAAUGCUGCCUGGGGUCAGACAACUUUGCUCCUCACUGCACUUGCCAGGAAGAUGAAUUUCACCUUCCAACGAUUUCGCCUUGUGCCAUUUGGCAAUCACAGCUACGUCGAGGUACUGGAUCAGCAGAAGGAGCUGCCGUUGUAUGGAAGUGGAGGAUUUAAAUUCCUGUGGGAUACAAAAUUCGAUGCAGCUAUGGUAGCUUUUCUCGAUUGUCUCCAGCAGUUCAAGGAACAGGUCGAGAAGGGAGACAGUGGAUUCUGCCUGCCCUAUAAAAUGGAUCGGGGCAAAAUCGAGGAUUCGGCAACAGGGAAUUCUUAUUCUGUCAAGAUUCAAUUCAACUCCGAAGAGCAGUGGACCAAGGCACUGAAAUUUUUGCUCACGAAUCUGAAAUGGGGCCUUGCGUGGGUAAGUUCGCAGUUCUCGAAGGACGAAGUUGAACAAUAACUCUAGUAUCCCUUGUUUUUCUUGAAAUUGGGAGCGACUCUCUUGCUAAAGUGUACAUAUUGGUGGGUAUCCUUUUUUUUUGUAUAUAAAUAAAUUUGAUCUAAGGAG